AUGGAUAAAAUUAUUGGCAAUUCAAUGAUUACUCCAACAACAACAACAACAACAACGACAACAACAGCAACAACAACAGUAACUACUACUACAAUUAGUAAUGCUACAACAACAACAACUAUUAUUACUGCUACUACUACUACUGAAAGAAAUAAACGGAUGAUAAUUCAAUUAAAUUAUAAUGAAAAUAGCAAUGAUAAUGAUUCAUUAUUGAUUAGUCAAGCUAAUACUGCAACAACAACAACUACUACAACUACUACUACUACUACUCCUACAAUUAUUGAUAAUGAUGUUUGCAAAAUUGUUAAUAAUGAUAAAAUUGUUGUAACAGAUCAAAACAACGAUCGACGAUCUUAUCAGAUUACUGAUAAAAAACGUAACUCAUCAAAUAUUCAAUCGAAAGAUAUUAAUUCAUCGUAUACAAUCAAUGAAUUGGAUGAAAAAAGAGAGAAUGAAAAAGUGUAUGAAUAUUUGUUACGAUUAACUGAAGUAAGAAAUUGGUUAAAGGAAUAUCUUCAUUUGGAUGAUAUAGUAAAUGAAGCAGAAUUUGAGCAAAAUUUAUCCAAUGGUGUAUUGUUAGCGCAAAUUGCACAUUCAUUUGCGCCACAUAUUGUACCAUUAUCAAAAAUUUUUGACAUUGAUCAAAGUCGUUUUGAUAAGGAUGGUCAGGUAUGCUAUCGUCAUACUGAUAACAUCAAUUUAUGGAAAGAUGCGAUAAGAAGUAUUCAUUUUCCUGAGGUUUUAGUUCCGGAUACGGUGGAUAUUUACGAGGGUCGUAAUAUAAAAACAAUAUUUGGCUUAUUUGCACUUGCGAAAUAUUUAAAUCGGUUACGUCUUGGACCACCUAUUCGACGUGAAGAGAACGUUCAAUUUUCACGUAAGUAA